AUGGCGUUCCAUAUGAAGACCCUCUUCGGUUGUGUCUCUGCGAUUUCAUUGAUAUGCAUCGUUUUUUAUGGAAUGAACAAUCUGCCGUCGACAGCUCGCUGUCCUACCGUAGAGCGCAAGUAAGUGAUAUUACUUCUCAUAUAGAUCUUGCUAGAAAUAAAGAUAUUUCUCCAGAUCAAGUCAAUUUUGCCCCCCUUUAUUCCAUCGACAGGAAAUUAAUAAUAUUUUACUAUCCCUACAGGUGUUAAUCUUUGUCCCAGAUUUAUCGUGCAGCUGCAGUUCGAAAGCUAUAUUAGCAGUCAUUUUAACCUCAUUCCAAUGUUUUUUCAAUGCGAUAAUUAACUUCCAGGAAUUUUGAACGAUUGGAAACUUAAUUUCGAACGCUGUUGUAUUGGGUAAAAUUCAGAAUAUAACGUCUUUAAAAACAUUCCGAUAAUUAAUUUUCUACAAAUUUACAAGGAUACCGCAGAACUAAAACUAUUUCAAUCUCAUUUAAUGAAGAUGAAUUAAUAUUUAAACUUCUCAAACCUCCUUGACUUUUGCUCAAAACAUAGUCAAACUUUCGAGAACAACAAUCGUUAGCAAUGGUUAACUCAUUUUAUAAUUAUCUCCUUUCCUUUCAAUUAUUUUAUUACUUAUUGUAAAAAAUCAGGAAUUUCUAUUUCUGGGAUAAAGUCACGUACAUGCGUCUCGAUAUUUACAUUUUGAAUAAAUAGAAAUCCUAUCGAUUUGAAGGUGAUUUAAAAAUAGAAGAGAGUUUUUUCAGGUCAUGCGAACAGGUUCUACACAGGAGUUUAUUCUCUUACAGAUGAUUUUCUUAGCUUAGAAAAUAAAAUUAUUAUCAUGGAUAGUACAUCACGUGUCUAAAGAGAAGAGGCUAAAAAGGCAAUGAUACACUCUGAUAAGGAAUUACGUGUGAUAAAUUGCACGAAUUAGGUAACAACCAAUAAAUGAAAUAUUAACUUUUCUUUCUUGAAAUAGGAUAACAUCCACAAGGAAUUUGCAGUUCGAGAGAGCUGACAUUUUGUCAGCUAGAGAACGACAAGCAGACCAAACAGAGUAUCGGUUUGUAAAUAUAUCAUCACAACCAGAGAACCAUCCAAGCUUGAAGAGUCAAAAGCCGCCAAAACAUCAGAAAAAGCAAACAUGCUCCCCGACAAAUCAUGUCCUGUUUCUAAAAACUCACAAAACUGGUAGUAGCACAAUCACAAAUAUUCUUAACCGAUAUGGAGACAAAAAAAACUUGACUUUUGUGCUACCGAGGCAGAAGCAGCUUUUCACGUUCUUGUGGCCAGCAAGAUUUCGCGUCUCCUACAGUGCACCUUUGUACAAUUUUGGGGCAAAUAUUCUCUGCAAUCACGCGAGGUUUAACAAAAGACCAAUGAAUUAUAUAUUUCCAAAAGUGCACAGUCGCUACAUAACAAUACUCAGGGAUCCGGUUUCACAAUAUGAAUCUGUGUUUAAUUUCAUGCAUUUUGCGAAGCCGUUGGGUUUUAAGGACGAAGAAGACCCUCUUGGAACGUUUUUAAAAUUUCCACCACCGUUUCAAGAGAUAAAACCUUUGAUGAAAACAACUUUGGCCCUUAAUUUAGUGCGCAACCCGAUGCUUUUCGAUCUUGGUUUGGAUUUUCGAUACUUCCAAAAUGUGACUGCGGUUAAGCGAUACAUAAAUUUCUUGGACAAAGAAUUUGAUCUGGUCAUGAUUCUAGAACAUUUCGAUGAGUCCCUGUUGCUUCUAAAACGACUUUUGUGCUGGGAGUUGAAAGAUAUUUUGUACUUCAAAUUGAACGAGCGGCAAGAUAAGCAGAAGCAGAAAGUUAUAGAUAAGGAAGUUAGAGAGGAUAUAAAGAGCUGGAACAAGGCCGAUUUUAUGCUGUAUCAGUAUUUCUAUAGAACGUUCUGGAAAAAAGUCAAAGCUCAGGGACCGAGUUUUCAAAAAGAACUCAGGAUUUUUAAACGUAGAAAGGAAGCCUUGUCAAGAGCUUGUCUGCAAAAAGGAAACUUCUUGGACGAGGCGUAUACUGGAGUUUACGUAAAAGGCUACUCCCUCAAGAAAAACGUCCCCAUGAGGAAGAGAAAGCUUUGCGAAAACAUGAUGAAAAAUGAAAUUUCGUAUGUAAAAUACUUCAGAGAGAAGAUAAACAAUCAAGUGAAGAAAAUCGAAGAACCAGACGAGUAUCUUGAUGAUCCUAAGAAUGAUUGGGAAGUGGCCAGCGAUCUGGAACAUGAUCCUAUUCUAUCAGGGGUUGGUUCAGCCGAUGCAGCUCCUGUUGUGCCAAAGCCUGACUCCUUGCAGGGAGGGGAGACAAAGCCAUAG